AUGACACUGAAGGAGGGAGCUCAACCGAACGUCAAUAGACCCCGUCCUGCACCAUACGCGUUACAAGAGAAAGUGGACAGUGAGCUGUCACGGUUGCAAAACGAGGGCAUACUGAGACCUGUGGAAAGCAGUCAGUGGGCUGCGCCCAUAGUAGUGGUCAGGAAGGGACAUGGGACUGUGCGUUUGUGUGGGGAUUACAAGGUGACAAUUAAUCCUUAUUUAGAGAGCAAUCCAUACCCUAUGCCUAAUCCGGAAGAUCUUUUUGCCACAUUAGCAGGAGGAGCUAUAUUUUCAAGGCUGGAUAUGAAACACGCUUACCAACAGUUGCAAGUGGAGCUAGACAGCCAAGAAUAUCUGACCGUGAAUACCAGUAAGAGGCUGUUCGCUUACACUCGAAUGCCGUUUGGAAUCAGCACAGCACCAGCGUCUGGCAGAGAGAAAUGGAUAGGAUCUUGGCAGGAGUUGCCGGAACAGUAUGCUACAUGA